ACACAACAGCCGCUGACCGUGCAAGCAAGGAAGAGGAGGACCUGUCCAGUGAUUGCGUUAUUAUAAGUGCCGGUAUUACUAUACCCCUUCAAUGCGAUUCAGACCUUCCAGCUAUGUCAGGCUAUUCCGGUUAGCUAGCUUUACCAACGACCCGCAUUUGACAGCAAGUUCCGGUCGUUUACAGGCGAGGUUUCGGUCCGGCCAUCCUUCGCUGUUCGCCAGGAAACUCAGCAUGCAGAGCGGUCAAAAUGUGAGUCACGGCGUGGGGGGUCCGGGCAAAACAAACCCACCGGGGGGGCUCAGCAACAUCCCCACUCUUAGGACAGAAGACACCGGUCCUCCGCUGGAAAAGAAAAGGAUAGCGGACACUCUUGUUCCCGUCAACGCGUGCAACUUACGGGCCCCGAGCCCCCAUGCGGGCAGCAACAGCGGGGACGACUCCGAGGCAGAGUCGUACCGGGACGGGCGGACCGAGGUGGUCGACCGGGACACCAAGGCCAGGGCGUUCGCCUGGUGUCGAGACUUUCUGUCCGGGUCGUGGAAGACCAUCCCAGAGGCUGAUUUCCAGAUUAGCAUCGUCAGUGGUGGGCUGAGUAAUCUGCUGUUCAUGUGCAGUUUGCCUGACCAUGUCCACUCCAUGGGGGAGGAACCUCGCAUGGUGCUGCUCCGAGUCUAUGGGGCCAUCCUACAGGGAGUGGACUCUCUGGUGUUGGAGAGUGUGAUGUUUGCAAUCCUGGCAGAACGAACUUUAGGGCCAAAGCUGUAUGGCAUCUUUCCCGAGGGACGCUUAGAACAGUACCUUCCGAAUACACGAAUGCGCACAGAUCAACUUUCGGAUGCAUCCAUCUCAGCUGAGAUAGCUGUCAAGCUGGCUCGUUUUCACACAAUGGUGAUGCCCUUUAACAAAGAGCCCAAGUGGCUGUUUGGGACCAUUGACAAAUACAUGGAUCAAGUGAUGAAGCUUAAAUUUACACGGGAAACACAUGUGAAAAAGUACAACAACCUUAUGAAGUUGGACCUGCCUGCUGAACUGGAGAGCCUGCGUGCGUUGCUGGCAGCGACUCCCUCGCCGGUGGUUUUCUGUCACAAUGAUGUCCAGGAAGGCAACAUACUUAUGCUGGAAGACAGAGAGGACACCUCACCAGAGAGACUCAUGCUCAUCGACUUUGAGUACAGCAGUUACAACUACAGGGGCUUUGAUUUUGGGAACCACUUCUGUGAGUGGAUGUAUGAUUACACCUACAACCAGUGGCCCUUCUACAAGGCCACACCAGGGGACUACCCCACCAGAGAGCAGCAGCUCCAUUUUAUCCGCAGUUAUUUGAUGGAACAAAGAAAAGACUCGGAGAAUUCCACGCAGGAGGACCAGACGCAGGUGGAAGAGGAGAUGAUAAUUGAAGCAAACAGGUAUGCAUUAGCGUCGCACUUCCUCUGGGGGCUCUGGUCCAUCAUCCAAGCCAAGAUCUCAAAGAUUGAGUUUGGAUACAUGGACUAUGCCCAGUGUCGCUUUGAUGCCUACUUCAAGCAAAAAAAACUCUUCUCCUAAAUUCCACCUCUUGUCUCUGAGAAUGUCCUGUCGUUUUAAACAAUCCUCAUCAUUCUUCAAGUACAUUUCUUUUUAGUUUGAGUUCAACUUUGACAUUUUCAGCUUGUAGUACUGAAAAACACCAAUACUAUGCACCCCUGCUUUUGACAAGAAACAGAAUGACAACUAAUGAAAGGCAUUCAUCCACUUACGAAUGUAAUGCACGAGUACAAACCUAGUGCAUAGGUAAUGUAGAGCACUUAACCCCCAUUUUGAGAAACCAGUGCAGUGCCCGUUCAAAAGGGGCCUGUCCAGAAUGGGCCGAUGACAACCGCUCAUCCAAACAGCUUCACAGUCGACACUGCACUUCUUUGGGUCCUCAGCAAUAUCAUGUGUGGAGCUGAUUGGAUGAACAGUUGUCAAGAUAAUUGAAGGACUGACAGACAUACAGACAGACAGAGAUUCCUUCCAUUUUCUCUAGGUUAGAAUCACUAAUAACAAUGAUAACGCUUCAUUUAACGCAUUUUAACACAGUUUUUAGGAGUUACCGACUUCAUGAUGUCACCAACAUUUUUUAUUUUAUAGCCACCAUAUUAUUUAUAUGGUAUGUACACUUUCCUUCGGACCACUUCAAAUCAAGGGGCCAAAGAAACGUCCUUGUACUUGGUAGUGUUUACUCUUGAGUGUGUUCUCUGUGCACGAGAUCAGUGAUAGGAGUCUAACGCAGCUUGCCAGAGAGUUAUGUCUGUUAGCAUCUCACAUCAUACCUCUUCCUGUAAUAAUCAUUGCUUCAGUAUACGUAACCCAGACUUGAGUGCAGCGUGUAAAUCUUUGCACAAGUCGAUCUUUGCAUUAGUGAUUUUUUAGUCAUACUACCUCAUUUCUCUGCUCUAAUGUUCAGUGUGCAGUCGGGUGCAUUGAUGGCAGCGUCACUGACUUUUAACGGUGUUCUGUCGGGAAGAAGUGAACUGUGAACAUUCUUGCAUAACUACUCCAUACCUUAACUCCUUAACUUACAGCAUAGGUAUGUACUUGCAUUUUUUUAGAGCUUGUGAAAAUGUUUCUCGCAAAUUGUCAUUUAAAAGUCCAGUAAAGUUAACUUGAAGGGUUCCCUUAAUUUAGCAAAUUCUUCUAUGAGGGCUAUUUUAUACAGUAUCACUGUACACAACAAAGCUGUUUAUCUAACCAUUAGAACCAUAGCAAAAUGUAAGGUGGUUUUAGAUUAGUGCUACUGGAUCUUUUCAGCACUAUAGAUGUAUUUUCUGUUAAAACAUUUUUUCUACUGUACCAUUAAUUACUCAUACUCUGUGUUGUUUUCUUAUCUUUUGUCUUCUGUUGUCUUUCUUGAUCUCAUUUGAAAAUUUUGAGAGCUUUUCCUGUUCUUUCAUUUUAUACCAAUAACGGUAACUUGGUCUAUGUGAACAUAACAUAUUUACAUGUAUUAGUCUAACUGAAAUGUCCAUUUGGCACAUGCAUGUUUAGCACAAGACAACAACAAAACAUCAACCUAAACUGCAUGCCUUGAAGAUCUAACAAUGACUGAAAAUGACAAAAUGACCUGUUGGCAGUCAUUUGAACAAGAAGUGGACUUUAGCUGCUUUUCCCAGAGUCUUUGUGUUUUGUGUUUGUUUCUUUGGUGUUGUUUUGUGUGUUUACUGAGACUAUCUUUAUUCUGUGUUAGAUGAAAUGCACUGCCAUUAUUAACGUCUUGUUAUGUUUAUUUACACGAAGCAGCAUCGGUUAUCUCAUCAAAAUUGUUAGAUGCUUGACUGUGCCUCAUAAAUAGCUGCAACUGUUUCUAAAAGACUGUUUUUCCCAUUACAUUUUCAUUCUUUUAAAACUUUUUGCACCAUGCUCUCUAUUUUGUUCAUCCUUUUUGCACUACUUGGAACGUAUUGUAAUUUAAUAGCUAAUAAACAUACAUCCUGUGAAACUGUA